GUCCCAGCUUGUCCUGGACUGUCCCAAAAAGCUGUCAGCCAUAUUGGUGUAUUGUAUUGUUCGUAGAGUGAUUUUGAAGUGAAAUAAGAUAUUUCUUGCACUUUAUUCACGUUGUAUCUACGCUCGCAAAUUAUUUAAAACCAAAGUGUUUUUGGAUCAACUUCUUUUGUCGUUUAAUACAUCGUGUUCAGAAGUAGAGCAUCAUGACGGAUUCCCUGAAGUUUGGCCCAGAAUGGUUGCGCAAUCUAGCAGGAGACAAUUGCAGUGCCGGUGGGGGUGGUGGUGGUGGUUUGACAAGCCUAACUGCUCCUCGGUAUCAGCUAGCUGAUCAUAGAUAUGGUCGAGAAGAAAUGUUAGCUCUUUUCGACCGUACUUAUAAACCGCCUGAAACAUUAUCAAGUUUCGGAGCUAUAUUUGCCGACAAAGUCCAACUACCAUUGGCUUUAAUUCAAAUGACAGAGGAUGAGUUGCGACUGUGGAAUGGUGGAAUAACAAGCACGCCUGGUCGAGGAAGAGGUGGUAGUGUUGAUCGUGGGGGGCGUGGAAGAAUCGGAAGAGGUGGUCUAUACUCUUCUUCCUAUUCACGUGGUUACGAGGAAUCAGGAGACGGAACUAGAAGCGAGACACAACCUUUUUCUGCAAGAAGCAGACCAUUCGAAAGAUCACAAAGUGAACGAGGAUGGUCAGAAAGAAAUGGGAUUGCGGAUCCAGGCGAGUGGAAUGGUUCUACAAGUCCACGAAAAGAAUUAGGUCGUGGACCUAGUGGAGGUUCCCUCAUGGAAAGUAAUUGGCGUCGUCAUCGAGGUGGCAGUGAGGAUGACGACGGCUGGAGGGUUACUUCCAAUAGUCGUGGAGAAAAAUGGGGAGUUCAUUUCCUAGGCAAAGGUAAUUGGCGAGAUGGUGGAUAUUUGGAUAAGGACAAAGCUGAUGGGGAAGGUGAGGAAAAUCGAAAUACGGGACGUUGGGAGCACAGAGGAAAUCAUAGAGGUCCUUAUGAUGCAUCCCAUCAUCCUCCAUCUCGCAGACCUUGGGAUCCUAAUCACCAUGACAACCACGACAACCUCCCGGAAUGGGCGACUGAAAAUCCAAGUGAAAGUGGAGGAAGUUUCGAUGCUUCGGGCGCGUUCCAUGGAGGAAUGUAUUCCGACGAUGACGAAGAUGGGGGUACAACUGGAGAUGGUUCUCACGAGCCGAAAUCGCGCAAAGUGUCCGAAGGAAAUGCGUCGAAGCAGAAUAAUAAAAAUACAACGCAGGAUCAAUCGACCACUCGCCAAACGUACACGUCAACGACGACGAUAACAACGGCAACGACCACCAAUGCAGUAACUAAAGAACGACCCAAGUCGCUGCAUCCGUUCGAGGAUAAAGGCGGCGUGCCUGUUAGUCAAGAGAGACCAAGUCUCUCGCCGCCGAGAUCCAGGAAUAGCAGUGCGACGUUGAAAGCUCCACCACCCACGCCCGAAUCUAAAGCUCAUCUUGAGAACUUCCCGUCCAGAAAAGCACUACCUACCGAGGCACCUAGUGAAAAACUAAGCGAUGGCGAUAGAAAUCCAGCACUGGACAUGAAACCCAUUGAAAACAAGUUCCAGGAGAACAAUGAGGAGAAUUUAAAUAUGGAUCCUGCUGUGAUACUAAUGAGUCGACAGCCUCCCCAAAAAAUGACGGGCUUUAUUAAUUCUCCAAAUGUCUUGAAUCAAAUGAACCAGAAAAUGGACGAGCAUUUGGAUAGAAUGGAUGAGGAAGCGGAUGCUCUGGUUGCCAAGUUGAUGUCGGAAGACGGUGGCCACAGAGGCGAACACGUCAAUCCUUCGGAUUCAAAUUCAAUUCCAAAUUUGGAUAAUUCCAGUGUUUUAGAAAAAUGGUUUUACCGUGAUCCACAGGGUGAAGUUCAGGGUCCAUUUUUGGCCAAUGAAAUGGCCGAAUGGUGGAAGCAAGGUUACUUCUCGGCAAGUUUACUCGUGAGGAGAACUUGCGAUGAAAGAUACGCUUCACUCGGAGAUUUGAUGAAUAUGUGCGGUCGAGUUCCAUUUAAGCCCGGACCUCUAUUUCCCCCACUAAAAUUAUCGGGUCAAAUUCCUGGCGUCCCGAAUCCAGUAUUACCGGGAAUGCCUGGCAGCAAUUUACCAAAACCAGCGAUUGACGAUUCGAUGUUGUUACUUCAAUAUCAGAGGCUUCAAGUAAUGCAAAAUCAAGUGUUUCUUCGGCAAAUGGCGAUCGCGAAACUUUCGCAGUCGGAACAUUGGGCAUCGUUGAGCCCAGUUGAGCAGAAUCAAUUAAUACUACAGUAUGUCAUUCAAGAAUCGGAAUUGUCGGACAUGCAAAUGAAUCACAAUCCAUUUGUCACGCCGUUGACAACGCAAACGCCAAAUCCUGUGAUGCAAUUGUUCAAUCAAAUGCAGACAAAGACGCAAUUGGAGAAUCACAUGGCGGCAAGCGGUCAUCAGACAAAUUCAGCACAUUCAGCGCCACUUGGGUUUUUGCAGAUGAUGCAGGAAAGAAACAACCAACAAAUGAACGUUCACGCGAAUGGACAUCCGCAAGUUCCGGUUGAUUCCGUUUGGCCCCAGCCACCACCUCAUAUUGCCACUCCAUUCAAUGCACAAAAUUGGCUGACACAGGUUGGGCCAAUACCUGCAAUGCCACCUGGACAUAUGCCCAAUUCAUUGUGGGAUAUGCACGGCAAAGACAUUAAGACUGAGCAACAAAUAUUAGAAGAGCAAAAACUUAGACAACAAGAUGAUAAGAAAGAGGAUAUGAAGAAAUUAUUAGAAGAGAUAAAACGACACAAUGAUGAGGUCCUGAAACAACAUAUAGAAGAGAGAGCGAAAAAAGCAGAAGAGGCUAAACGACUCGAGGAAGAAAAGAAGCGAAUCGAGGAGGAGAGGAGGAUCGAGGAAGAGAGGAAGCGCAUUGAAGAGGAAAAGUUGAAAGAGGAAGAAUUAAGAAAGAGAGAGGAAAAGAAACGUAAAGAAGAAGAGCGAAAGAAAGAGGAGAAACGAAGGCAAGAAGAGGAAUUAAUUAAAAAAAGACUGGAGGAGGAGAAAAAGCGAAAGGAAGAGGUUCGAAGACAAGAAGAGAAAUUGAGGAAGGAAGAAGAGAAACGCAAGAAAUUGGAAGAGGAGCAAAGGCGAUUAGAAGAGGAAGCACGAAAGAAGGAAGAGGCAUUGCAACGCAAAGCCGAGGCGGAAGAACAGGCGCGAAAAGCUGAGCAAAGACGACGAGAACAGGAGGCACUGCGCAAAUUGCAAGAGCGCAGCAAAGCACCGUGGGCUCAAGCGGCGACGCCAGUCGCUCAAGCCUCGUCUCUCGCCGAAAUUCAAAAACAUGAACGGGAAAAGAAGGCGGAACAACAACGAUUCCAGCAAAUUUUGCAAAUGCAAGUGGCACAACAGAAAGCACUCGAAGCUGCACAAGAAGCAGUGCCAAUGGAUUCUUCAAAGCGUCUGCAGUUCAAGUGGGCGGAGAAAACGGCCGCUUCCAAUAAGCAGCCACAGGUGAAGAGCUUGGCGCAAAUACAACAGGAGGAACAGGAACGCAUCGCCAAAGAGCGCGAGAGGCAGGAGAAAACUGUCCCAAAAGAGCCGACUAUUUCUCUGCAAAAUGCUGGCAUUUGGGGAACUGCUUCGCAAUCGUUGACUUGGGCCAAUUCGACGAGUUCCGGGAGUCAAGCUUGGGCCAGUGCCAGUAAUACAGGCGGUUUCUGGGACGAUAUCGCUCCCGCCAAGUCGAAUGCUCCGCCAAAGCAGUCUGUUAAAGCUGCACCCAUUAAAGUGAUUCCCGUUCCACAACCUCAAGUUCAACAGCUUAAUAACAAGGCUACCAAGAAUAAGAAUAAACGGGAGGAGGAACUCGUGAAAAAGCUCUUUGAGCAAAACACUGCCAAGCCUGAUGACUUUACGCAGUGGUGUAACAAAGCACUCGGUGGACUACAAGUUUCUGUAGAUAUUCCAACGUUCAUUGGAUUUCUGCGGGACAUUGAAUCUGCAUAUGAGGUUAAAGAAUAUGUGCGUCUUUAUUUGGGCGACGAUAGAUGCUGCAUGGAUUUCGCGAGACAGUUUUUAGAAAAACGAAGCAAAUGGCGAUCGGCACAGCGUCCUCAGGCACAAGCAGAUGAUCUUUGUAAACCUGCUCCUGCCGUCAAUCCAAAUACAUCAGCUGAAUUCCAGGAAGUUAAGGGCAAAUCAAAGAAGCCAAAGAAGGGAAAAAUGUUCAAAGUGGACAACAGAAUUCUUGGCUUUAGCGUGACAUCAGCUCCGGAUCGCAUCAAUGUUGGCGAUCGCGAUUACGGAGAAGGAUUUUAAAGGAAACACACAUAAUGCUUCAUAAUUGUUUAAACGAAGAAAUGAAGCAACGCGGAGUUUGACAGUUGAUUACUUAUUUAUUUAUUGUAGCUAACUGGAUUCAGAGGAACUCGUCGGUCAUACUCCGCGUUUGUUAAUUAAAAGAUUUUCUAUGAAAAUUGCCAUGGAGAUAUUUAAAGACGACGAGAACCUUUGAAAUCUGCGUAGACGCAGCAGUCUUUCCUCUCUGACAGGAACACCUUGAAAGGUUCAGUCCUCCAACGUAUUAGAAAAUUCAAAACACCGAAUUUCAGUUAUCAUUCUUAUCAUUUCUCUUCAAAUGUUUUUUAUCCUUACGCGAACUAAUUGAGAUUAAUUGUUAUAUUGUUUAAAAGGAAAACUGCUUUCUGGCAGUUUUUUUUAUUAAAAGAAAUUUAUUACACUGUUGAAGAAAUAAUGCCGAAAAAUUUUUCAGUUUGUAAAGAUUUCUUAACUGUUGUGUAAAGUUUCUUGAGCUUUUGUAUUUUUCUAAAAUGAUUUCUUAAACUUAAGCAUUUUUAUAUUUUAAAACUUUUAGAUAUUUAUGACAUUAGUUCGUUUAAGGAUAAAAAUUGUUCCAACUGCACCUCGACUUGAACAGUAUUCAGAAUACAAAUUUCGAUCAUUUUUUUUCUUGUCAAUAUAUUAUCAUUUUUAUAAAUGUCACAUAGAGCAAUUGAUCGAAAUUAAAAUUCGUUUCAUUUCAUUCUUUAGCAAUUUGCGCAUUCUGCGAGUGCCAUGUGUGUUUUUUUUUCUUUUUUUUGAAAAAUAAAUAUAUAUAUAUAUAUAUUAUUAUUGAAUCUGUGACCUGAAGCAUUAAUUUUUUUUUAAAGAAGAGAAAAAUAUUAAAGAAUUUGGAAAAUUAUAUCUAGACUGCACUAUUGAUGAAAAAAUCUCACAACAGUUUUAAUUAGGUUUAGUUCAUAAAAACAAUUUAUUUAUAUAUAGUUUAAAAUAAUGUUAAUAGAAAAAAUUUAUUAUUUUUCAUAUUUAACAGAUAGUUUACGCAAAAGUUGAUUUUAAUGAAUUUUAAUUCAAUUUUAUAUAAUUAAACGAGUACAGUGAUAGAUGAUGAACCUAUAUAUAUAUAUAUAGGUUCAUUUCAAAAAAUAGCGCAGUUUAUAUGUCUUUUUCUGUUAUUUUUUUCGUCUGUUAAACUUGACACCUUGUUUUUUCGCAUAAGAAUCGAUAAAAAAAACUGAAUGCAUUAUUUUGGAAAAGAGUGUAUUAAAAAAAAUUUUACCAUAAAGCGAGAAUGUUAAUUUUAUUUUAUUGGAAAUAUUGCUAUUUUAAAGAAUAAUUAAUAAUUUUACCAAAAAUAAUUUUUCCUUUUGAAACUGAAAAAUAAUUUUUGAUGAAAGCUGUUCUUAAAAAUUGCAAAACAUUUCUCGAAUAACGAGUAUUGACAUUCUGGAAAUUUUAACAAUUUUUAAUACCUUUGCGAUUAUUUUAAUGUUUAUCAAGACAAAGAAUCGUUAAAAGUUAAGAAAAAAAAAAAAAUUUCAAAAUUAUUGUUCCAUAAAUAUAUUUUUUAUAAUUAUUCAAGAAUUAUUUCGGACAAAUUAAUGAAUGCUCAAAAAUGAUUCGAAUGAGAGAAAAAAAUAAAUCAGAGUCGUUGAUAUUUUUUAUUAUUAUUAAUAUUAAUUUAGAAACACUCUGAGUUUGGCUAAUUAUCGGUAUUACUGCGCAGAUAGAUGCGAUAAAAAUACAGGACUGGAUUUGUUCCGUCAGAUCUGAUCAUUCAUAAUAUUGUAAAGGUUGUUAACUAAGGGAUGUUGUCCUUCCGCUGCAACAAUCGUUUUUACAUCUGUUCAGAGAAAGAACUAUUUCCCUUAAUUGAAAGAUUUAUGUAUAAAUAGGAAAAAAUGUACAUUAAUACAGUGAUGAUUAAACAAACAGAAUAAUGAUUGAUAUUGUAUCAAUAUUAUUAUUAUUAUUAUUGUAUCUAACGUACAACUUGGUAAAAUAAAUCUUAUUAUAUUUUCAA